AAAUGCACUCUGUCCUCAACUGUCCCAUUGACACAGUGACUACAGACACCGAUAUAACAUCAUAUCACAGCAGUGGGAUGGCGAUGAACUCACAGAAUCCCCUGUGCCUUUCCUGGUCUGUCUUGUGAAAGGCUUCUUUAUCUGUUGAAGAGCUCCUGAUAGCCAGACUGGUUUACUCAUCAAUGGUCUCCUAACAGGCAGGGCAGGCAGGACCACAACAAACCGUCAAAACACUUAAUUGUUUUAUGUUUCCAUCUUUGAGCCAUCUUCCUAGUUUUCCUCUUGGAGCCAGCAGCAGGUGGUCCACACCAAUGUCACUCCCUCAAAGCCGGAAGCCCUCUGCAGGUCAGCGCAGGCGGCCAGUGGCCACUAGCAGUGGGCGCCAUUCCUAUAGCGAUGCCUCCAAUACCAACACUUACCCCGGCAGGGCUAGUGAGGGUAGUCCUACAGCCCGGACAUAUCCUGGCACACCUAAGCAUCAGGUGAAGCAUGCAACCUGCAGUGAUAACCAUGGGAUUUGGCCCCCCACACCAGAGCAGUACCUCACCCCACUGCAGCAGAAGGAGGUGUGUAUCAGACACCUGCGAGCCAGGCUGAGGGAGAAUGUCCAGAGGCUGCAGCACAGGGACAGUGAGAUAGCUGAGAUGAAGACCCAGCUGUGUCGGAUGCAGGAGGACUGGAUAGUGGAAGAGUGUCACCGUGUCGAGGCCCAGCUGGCUCUGAAGCAGGCGCGCAGGGAGAUCCAGCACCUGCACGAGGUCGUGGAGACAGUACAAUCAAACCUCGGCACCCCAGAAAAAGCCCCCUAUGCCAAAAAGCCAUACAUCUCACCGCAGAGACCCCGGCCUACAAAGUCCCGCUCCUGUGGGUGCUCCCCAGCCAGCACCUUGAGCCGCACCACGGCCUACACCCGGCUGAGCAGUGAGGCCCUCUAUGUGGACCGUAAUGGAAACGCCCCAGGGCCUGACCUGCGUGCAGCGGCACAGGUAGAAAGGGGGCGGACCCACCUGCUUCUGGAGGCGGCCCUUCUGUCAGAGCAGCAAACCCCGUCUGGCCCCGCCCUGGUCCACGGCCCCUCCUCCUCUACCAUGCCACGCUCCUCCACCUACGAGAGGCUGUGCAGUGGAGGGGCUGUGCUGCCCAUCUCCCACACCUGCCACUCCCUGAGUAACAGCUGCAGGUGCAGUGGACACACCUACCUCCCUCAUCACCACCUCUUCCUUCACCUCCCGCAGGAGGAGCCCUCGGCUACAGUGGCGGCGGCUGCUGCUAUCCCCGUGAGGGAGGCAAAACCGGAGGUCCGAUCCCAGGCCUGCAGCCCCACCAUGACCUGGGUCUCAGAGGAAGGAGGGGGAGAGGAGCUGAGCAUCAUCUCCCUGGCAACAACCAACAUCACCCCAGCCUACUCAGAGCAACAGCUGUUCCCUCCCUCCUUGUCUUCCUCCCCAGCUCCCCAGCUCUCCUACAACCUAGAGCCACAGUCUCCAGAUGGCCAUGUGGAGAUGACAAUGAUGCCAACAGUGGUCCAAACCUGCCAGCCCAAGCCAAUGUUGUCACCAGAGAGGCAAGGAGGUGUGACAGGGGUGGAGGAUGAAGAGAAGGGUGAAGCUGUUGAGGCUGUUGAAGUUGACGGUGAAAACGUUGUGGGAGGGGAAGAGGGGGAGGACGGUGCUCCCCAGCGGAACUUCUGGAGCCGAUACUUCCUGGUGGACCUGUUGGCAGUGGCCAUGCCGGUGGUGCCAACGGUGGCCUGGCUGUGUCAUGGGGCCCCGCGGCAGGUCAUGCCUGUGUACCACAUCGGUUCUCUGCUACGGGGUUGCUGCGCUGUGGCCCUUCACUCUCUGCGACGCGGGGGACGUGGCCCCACGAGCAUGAAUGGGGCAUCCAAUAUCUGACAACUUUACUCCUUAGCCCAGACUUCCCUCACAGCAACCAUGCAACCCCAACCUCUAACGAGUCACAGCCAGAACAGCAAUCAGACUUUGAUUUUGACUUGAACUUAUAUUGCUUUUUAUUCUCCACCCACCACGUCUGAUUUGAUGACCUUGAGAU